ACCUCCUACACUCCCCAACAGCUUCAUACUUCCUUUUAUCUUUGAGGAAACAGCUUCGUUUGUUGCACACCAUAAGACAUGAAGAGAUACAUAAUCGGAGGAGAGAUAGACGGCGUUAGGAUGGCCCAUGUUUUAAUGCUUCUCUCUCGAGGAGGAGGAGGUGGUGGUGGCGGCGGAGUAGACGAGAGUGGUCGCUUGGCGCAGUCGGCGUCGUCGUCGUCGUCAGGAGGUCGGAUGUUCGAGUGCAAAACCUGCAACCGGCAGUUCUCUUCCUUCCAAGCGCUCGGUGGCCACCGAGCGAGCCACAAGAAAUCUAGGCUGGCUGCCGGUGAUCACGGCCGAGCGGAAGCCGUGGCUGAUAAGCCGAAGGUCCAUCAGUGUUCCAUCUGCGGGCAGGAGUUCGCCCUCGGGCAGGCUUUAGGAGGCCAUAUGAGGCGGCACAGGACCACGACCGAAGGAUUCGUGCAUAGCCUCGCAGAGAAGAAGACCGGCGACGACCGGGGAGGGAUGUUUCUGGACUUGAACUUGCCGCCUCUAGAGAAUGAACUCAAGCUUGGAGAUUGUGGAUGAUAUUCGCAUGUUCCUUCGACUUCUUCUGCAUGCAUGUUGGUGCUCUUUCCAUUUUGGACGUUGCAUCACAUGUCACAACAUGCAUGCAUGUUCAUGUUCUUUAUCGAGGACUUCGUCGUCUCCUCCUCCCUUCUUCUUUCCAUGUUGUACGUUGCAUCACAUGUCACAACAAGCCCUUUGUUGAGGACCUUCCCAUUGGUUGCCACCGUUGGUAGACCGGCUUAGUUUUAUGUUUAUACCUUUUUGCACAGGAAUCGUUGUCUGCUCUAACAAAUGCUUUUUUUAAUUUCUUUUUCUCUUUUUGAGGGGAAUAUUUUUUAUGAGAAAGAAAAUUACUGUCUUCUCAAUGUUAGCCAACAACUCGAUUUCUUGUACGGCAAAUUCUCGAGAA